AUGUUGCUUGUACGGAUUCCUUCGUACCAAGUUCGAAAUGAUUAUGUGGUGUACAGCAUCAAUGUGACUGUCAGUUCAAGUGAAGUCUACACAUCAAAAAAGAGAUAUUCCAAUUUACGAGAAUUUCACACCACUGUUGUUUGCAAUGCUCUCUCUAAAGACAAACAAUCCAUGUUGAAAUUUCCAUCAAAAAUUGUGUUCGGAAAUAUGAAGAAGGAUGUGAUUGAAAAGAGACUCAUCCAAUUGGAGAAAUAUUUGCAGACAUUGGCUUCCAUCAUUGAUCAAGAAAAUUUAAUUGAUCUACGUGAUGAAUUUCUCAAAUUCUUUCAUUCUGACGCUGUUGAGAACUCACCAAAAAAGACAUACAGCAUGGUCGAAAAUUCACUGGAAGAGAAAUGUUAUAAGGAAAUGACACACUUACAGCUGCUAUUGAGUGACUCGGAAUGUUAUUGGCUUCCAUUUUGUGCACCAUUUAGACAUGGAAGACCAACAAUUUCAAGCGUCACAGGUGGCAAUUGCAAGUUAGAUCAAGAUGCCGAGACUGUGGUACUUCAAGCCAUCUCUGAAGUGAAUGAAUCGCUUGGUCAGAACUCUUUUUAUUUCAAAUCACAAUCAUUUGUGAAUGGCUUUGUAUUGAAAAUGCAUAAUUUGGCUCUCAGUGUUGGCACAUUGAUCAAACUCUUACUAAAUAUGGAAGAAGAAGAGGAACAAUCACAAUGCAUUAACGAUAUCAUUAAUCAAUGCACUGCAUCCAUGGAUGAAGCGACAGAACUGAAAAAUACUCUCACCAAAGACUUCUUUGAACCCAUGUGGAAAAUAAUUUCAAAAAGAAAGUUGGAUGAAAAAACCUAUAAUGAUAUUUACCUUUCUCUUGCGCUUUUGGGAGUAAAUGCAAAAUUCAGAUCCAAUGAUAUGUUACUGACAGCAAUUGAUUUAAAUAAUGAUUUUUGCUCAAAAGCCAUGGAGUACAACUCUUCAUUUGUCAACAGAGAAACUGGCUACGAAGAUGAAUUUUCAUACAUUAGUUUUGCAAUGAAUGAUGCUAUAGAUUCCCAAACAAACGACGAACCUCAAAGUAAAUAUCAGCAUGUGGUGACCAAUAUAUGGAACGAACUGGAAGCAAGAAAAGAGAGAGACAAACAAGACAAGCUUAAAGAACGAUUUGAAAUUACGACUGAGGAGUGUGAAAAAAAGACAAGUUUUUUCAUUUCUCUUUCUCAAUUGCUCAUCAAAGUUUCCAAAAGUAUGUUGUCACUUCAAGGCAGAGUCGAUGAUGAAACUCUCAUCCUCAAUGUGAUUCCUGAAAUUAAGGAAAAUUUGGAAGAGCUUCAAGAGUCACUUCUACGAAUACAGAAACGUUGCGAUUCAUUCAUAGAACAACAAGAGUUGAGAGCAAAACAGCAUUAA